UUAUGUUUCUGUUGACAUGCGUAAUUACGCACAAAUGUAAAUGCAUAACGCACAAGCGGGGCGUGGUCACCUCCAGUUGCGGUGGUCCAGGGGUCUGAUGCUGAUGGAUCCGUUUUGACAGAACAAGGUUAUCUGCCAGGGGAGAGUCCGUCCAUUUUCUUCAGCCGCUCCUCACAAACAGGAGAAGCCGUCGGAGCGCAGGGCGCAGCAGCUCCCCGCCCGCGCCGCAAGAGCGCGUCCGCCUCACUCCGCGUCUCCACAUUGACGAUCACGGCAGAGGCGCAGGAGGCGCUCCGAUAAUCCAGGACGAAUGCAGGUUGCCGCGCCCAAAACACGAGAUGCGACCGACUCUCUCUGCUGAACUGGAUGCGAUGCGCUUCGUAAACAAAACCGCAUCGGAUAGUGGAACUAGCGCGUGUGGAGGGAAUAGCGCCUUACUUUGCUAAGAGAAGAUUUUUGUUACAUUUGCAGCCUGUCACGGAGCUGAUUUAACGGGUCAUUUUUAAAUGGGAUUUUGCGCAAGUAUCUGCAUCAAUAAUCAUUCAAGUGUGAACUUUUUCCUCUGACAACGCGCGUCCGGGAAAAUGUGUUUUCUUUGCAAUGCAUAAAACCGAAGUGACUUCUUUAAGCCCCCUGGCACAUUGACUCAUUGAAGAUGCAGGUGCUGCUUUUAAAAGCGAUAUUUUUCAUAGCUGGAUGUCCAUAUGUCAUACUGCAUGAAAGAUAUGACAGUAUACACACCAAAGAAACCAGGGACAUUACUCUUAGGAGUUCUUAUGCGAGUGCCAAGCAUCCUGCAAAGUAUCAAGCCACAGGUACAUCUGCCUUUGACAUCAAACAGACUUUAGAAAACAACAGUAAGUUUCCUUCGCAUCUCCGACUGGUUUUAGACAGCAGGAGUAAGCGACAUGGAUACAGUCAUCUCGUGUCAAACAGGACGCGCACGGUUCAGCAGGGUGGCACAAACCCACGCAAGCGCUCGCGGCAACAGGAGUUGGAUGGUGAAAUGCCCGCUGCCAUGGGAACGGCAGGUGGACACAAUAACUCAAAGCCGUAUUCUUUGAGAGGAGAACACAAGAGAAACCACAGGCGCAAAAGGGGCACAAAAGAACACCACAAGAAAGCGUUUAAGAGUAUGAAAAGGAGCCAGAAGAAAAGCGCCGUCCCUCUGACACCACCCCAAACUUAUUAUCAUGCCUUUGCAUCUUCUUUAACCCUUUGGGAACCGAUGCCCAAACCUCUAGCUCUCACGGCCACCGACUUUCCAUUCGAUCUCACCCGGUACACUGAAUUCCACACCAAACAGGUAGACGACCCGUGGGACGCCACGCCGAUGACUCCUCCGUAUGCAGAGGACGAGGAAAGUGUAUUGUUCCCCAACCCUUUCUACCCUGUUACCAGCGAGACGUAUGGAGCUUAUGCGAUCACAAUCGUCUCGGCUCUAAUUUUUGCAGUGGGAGUAACCGGCAACAUAGCAAUAAUGUGUGUGGUGUGCCAUAAUUAUUACAUGAGGAGCAUCUCCAAUGCUCUUUUAGCCAACCUGGCCAUCUGGGACUUUGCGCUGAUUUUGUCUUGCCUCCCUCUCGUGGUGUUUCACGAACUGACUAAGACCUGGCUGCUGGGCCAGUUCACCUGUAAAGUCGUACCGUAUAUUGAGGUGGCAUCCUUGGGUGUAACCACUUUCACCCUCUGCGCGCUCUGCAUCGAUCGAUUCCGCGCCGCCACCAACGUCCAGAUGUACUAUGAGAUGAUCGAGAACUGCACCUCCACCACCGCCAAGCUAGGCGUCAUCUGGAUCGGUGCCUUACUCCUGGCCCUGCCCGAGCUGCUGAUCCGCCAACUGGUUUCCGAAAACGGCGACGGCACGGCGGAUGAUCCUGCUUCGGAACGCUGCCUGAUCCGCAUCUCCACGACCCUCCCCGACACUCUGUACGUUCUGGGCCUGACGUACGAGGGCGCCCGUCUAUGGUGGUGCUUCGGCUGCUAUUUCUGCCUGCCCACGCUCUUCACCAUCGGCAGCUCGGUGGCCACCGCCCGCAGGAUCCGACGCGCCGAGCGCGGCUGCGCCAGAGGCAACAAGAAGCAGAUCCGACUGGAAAGCCAAAUGAACUGCACCGUGGUGGCGCUCGCCAUCGUGUACGGAGCGUGCGUUGUCCCAGAGAACGUCUGCAACAUGGUAUCCGCCUACAUGGCGGCCGGGGUGCCGCAGAGCACCAUGGCGGUGUUGCAUUUGCUCAGCCAGCUGCUGCUGUUCCUGCGGGCGGCCGUCACGCCCGUCUUGCUGCUCUGCUUGUGCCGACCCUUCGGCCGCGCCUUCCUGGAGUGCUGCUGCUGCUGUUGCCCGGACACGUGCGGGAUAGCGGGGCACUCUUCUGCCACGGCAAGCGACGACAACGAACACGAGUGCACCACGGAACUGGAGCUGUCACCAUUCAGCACCAUACGCCGAGAGAUGUCCAACUACACGGCGACCGGAUCUCACUGCUAAGCCACAUCGUGUAAUGUGCAAGCACUCCUUUGGUCUUGUGUAAAUACCACAACCGAUAUGUCGUUCUUAAAGAAAGUAAUGUAGACUGAAAAUCAUGUAAUUACAUUUUUAAUCGCCUUUAAAAUAUAUAUACACACCGAUGUAGUAACGGCGUUCGAGUUGACGUUUGUUUUGCACUUUAGCUUUCUCUCCACUUUUGUGACUUCACGAAGGCCUUCAGACGAGAUGUGCCGAUGGGGUUGUGAAGGCUGUUCAAGAGAUGUCUGUCUGAGGCACAUGUACAUAGAGCUACACAACGCAAGAUCACGUCCUGUAUGAACGGCCCCUUUCUGUCGCACGGUGUCUUUCCGCAUUUAUGGACCAUAACAUUUCUCUAAUGUUUCUGUGUGUUGUGUGCCGUGACUUUCUCUCGAUGAAGUUUGAUUCUCGUGAAUCGUUCUUGAAGUCUGUAGAGCAGAUGUGUCGCAUCUGUACAGUAUGUGUCUUAAACCUGCCCACACGAUGCUUAACACUUUCUGACCGUUUUUAUAUAACCACAACAAAAUGUCUCUUUAAUAAACAGAACGUGUUUGCUAGAGAAUUGCAAACUGAUAUAUUAAAACGCAAAUGUGCUUUCUUCAUUCUUUUUGUUUAAACAACACAUAUUGUGUUUGGCCUGAUUCAGGUCUCCAAGAAGGAUUUCCAAUGUUUCUUUUCAGCAGUCUUUGCAUUAUUCAAAAGCCGCCAUACCGCUUGGUUUCCGAUGUGUCUAAGAAACUGUUUAUCCACAUAAAGGCUUUAGCUGUCAGGUUGCUCAUUGAACAGGUCCAGAUGAGAUCGACUGGAGGCUUAUGGAGCUGCUCUUUAUAUUUCAAACACAUCUGCUGCAUUUGAGGUGUCAGACACCGUCUGCUAUUUUUGGGACGCUUUGUGGGAAGAUGCUGUAGGACUUUGUGUGACAGAUAGGAACAUUUCAGCGAUCUCUAUAUGAACACGUUUUGCGGGGAUUCUCAUGCAUUCGAUUUGUGGAAGACGAACACAAAUAUUGACAUAUGCUGCUUUUCCAUCUCAAUCAAGACAGCAGAAAGAACAUUUCUGAAGGCUUUGAAUGUGCCCAGGUUGGGACCAAAAUCAGUCGAAAAAUGAGGUAGUCUGUUUUUAGAAGCUAAACAUUUUACAUUAUGGCAUCAUUUUAAUGACAAAACCAAAACCCAAGAUUACGUCUAUUCGAUUCACCUGAUGUUGCAGUUAUUUCGUAAAAAGUCUCAUGAGACUUUCAUUACUCAAAUACAGUUUUGCUGUCUUAAAGUAAACUCCACUUAUACUAAAAUACUAAACCUACAAAAACGCUGCCUAACCAAAAUCUUACCGAAAUGAAUCAGGCAUCACGUAAAGGUUAUAAAAUCUAAUAAAACUGUACUGAAAUGUAGAACAAUAUCCUACAAAUAAACUUAAUUUCUAUAAUGCAAG